AUGAUCAGAAACCCGCUGAGAGAGAAACAGUCAAGAGUGUAUAAGAAGGUGAAGAGAAUGUACAAGAAGUUGAAGAAGCAUAUGAGAUUACAAUAUAAGAAGCCGGCGUACGCCUGUAAUCUGAUAAGAAGAGCAGAAGAUAAACUGAACACAGACACAUUAGCUAGCAGAAGAGAUAUUACCUCACUGCAAGGUAUGACAACUACUAUCACAGCUGUGAGAGAAGCAGGAGAAAAUGUGACAAUAAGAGCAGUGCUUCCGCGGCUCAUUGACACUGUCUUCACCUUCAACCUGGCUUUCUUAACAGUCACAGAGGCCGCAGCCGCACCACAAAGAUGUUUAUUACUCACUAGAAAACAUCAGAAUAAGCCUCUUAUUAUCUCUCAAGAAUAA